AUGGGCAUGGACACUCUUACUCGAAGCCAGUGCCUCCUUUUCAUUGCGGCAUUGCGCGUUUUGGUCUUUACCAUCGAUCUCGGUGGCUUUCUAGCUGCCUGCGGAGAGCUCGAUUUAUGUCGCGGUUUCAGCUCAGCGAGCGAAUGUUCAGAUUCUGGAUGUGAGGUCGACGGCGCCUGCGCGUACGAGUGUAUGAGCGUCAACCCCAACGUUUCCACGUUAGUCGUUCUAAUCGAGUUUGGCGGCUAUAAGAGCUCGAAGGAGGUAGCAGCAGGAGUCUUUACCUUGUCUGGGUAUCCAGAUUUGACGACAGAGUGGCCGUCGGCCAACAACGACGACGUCACGGCUGUCGGUACCAUCGACUUGUCAUCCGCAGUCACCACAUUUAUCAUGUCAGGUGGAACCUCUGACUUCGAGUAUCCUCAAGGCAAAGUGGCGAGUCUGACGCUGACUUCGGACUUUAUAUCGUCCGCCCCAGAAGUGACCAAGGUGGUGCUGCAGAAUAUCGACUUAAGUGACGAAGUUGCGUCAUUGUCAACGCUACUUCCGUCAACUGUGGAGAGUCUUGACCUCGGCAACACGCUGCUAUCGGCCUUCCCAGCAGAAGUUGGUGUUCUGCUAUCACUCCAGCAAUUACUUCUGGAUUACAACUACAUCACGACGAUCGACUCUCUGGAUGUGAUUGACUCGAUCAUUACACUGAGCACCGAGAGCAACAGCUUAUCAACCUUCUCUGGCGUAUUUCCCAACUUGGAAUAUUUGUAUUUGGGCGCCAACAACUUCACACGCGUCCCCACUGCAAUCUUCAGCCAUACAAACUUAAAGACAUUAAACCUGACUGGUAACUCGUUUACGUUUCGAUCGUUCACUCAAGAGCAAGCAGAAUUCUUUAAUAGCCUGGAGACGUUAGUACUUACUGCCUCCGACUUCACUGUGCGGUUAGACUGCGAUGACAUGGACCAGGUUGUUAUACACGACGUGACAGUAUGUCUUAGCGAUGUAGCCGCCACUAGUGACUCGAAUUUGUCCGGUGUAGAUGGAUCUGACGCGCAGAGCUCUUCUUCAUCGCGUACUUCUUCAACGAGUUUACUCUUAGGGGUUGUGUGUGGAGUUUUGGCAGUCAUCAUCGCUGCAAUUAUCUUCGUUUUCUAUCACCGUAAGAAAAGAAAAUUCGGCGAUUACAAGCUCAGCAUUACAGCCGACGACCACUUUUCGUCUUCAAACAGUGAACGUGAACAACGUCAACAGCCGUAUGGUCAAUUACGGACCUCAACUGGAGUUCCAUUAGGUAUCCCAAUGAGUACAAGUGGCGCUGCGAUGGGUUCCCCAACAGAGACGCCUAAAGGUGAUGCUAGUACUGGAAUUCCGACCACAGAAGUGGCUUCUACGUAUCAGUUAGCCUCGCUAGAUGCCGCUCCGUUGAGGAAAAAACCACACACGUUUCUGUCGAUCUGGAGCGACCCCGAACUUCUUUCACUUCAAGUUCGUGUUGAGGACAUAGAGGACGUCAAACAACUCGGCAUUGGAGCGUUCGCUACGGUUUGGCUUGUUCAGUACCGGAAGUCCCAGCUCUUAGCAUCCAAACGCCUCCGACCGGAGCGUCGUACCAAGAAACACACGUCGAAUUUCGUCGAGGAGAUCAAGUUGAUCGCUAAUUUCGACCACCCGAAUUUAGUCAAACUCAUCGGAGCAGCGUGGACGAUUGAGAGUGACCUACAAGCUUUACUGGAGUACAUGGACGGAGGCGAUCUUCGACAAUAUCUCUCGGACACAAGUACUCCGUUCGGGUGGUCGUUCAGGAAGUUUGAUAUUGCUAUUGGGAUUAUUGAAGCGCUGGUGUAUCUGCACUCGUUCGUGCCUCCUUUAGUGCAUCGAGACCUCAAGUCGAAGAAUGUGUUGCUUUCGGCGGAUUUCCAAGCCAAAUUGAGUGACUUCGGUACGUCUCGCUUUCGAUCGGUAGACAACACGAUGACGGCUGGUGUGGGGACAGGUCGAUGGUUGGCGCCUGAAGUGAUUCGAGGCGAUACCGACUACGGCUGCUGCGCUGAUAUCUACAGCUUCGGUGCGUUGCUUACUGAACUCGAUACAAACCAGAUCCCAUUCAGCAAUGCACGAGGCUCAAACGGCAAAGUCUUGACGGAUAUGACGAUCCUUCAUCGUGUCGCGACGGGUAAGUUGCACCCUCAAGUUCGGCCCACUUGUAAUGCGUCCAUGAAAGAAUUGGUCGAACGCUGUUUGGUUGAAAACCCGUCUGAUCGACCUGCUGCCACGGUUAUCGCGUAUGAACUACGAGUGAUUCAAAAGGAGAUGGCUGCUUCUCUAUAGCAGUAAGCAUAGAUUUUAUUUGACACGGAAUUAUUUGUGUUGGAAGUCAAGGCCAUAAUUAAAAAAAAAAAAUGAAAUUCCUAUAACAAACACAAAGUAGAUGAAUAUCCAAGAAAACUGACGGUCAUUUACUACAAAUAAUGAAGUACUUUGCAAGCUGAAAUUAUAGUAUGAAAUACCAGUACCGCAGGGUUGUAUUCUUCAGUGUCCGCAUGUGA